CAACAACCCACAUACUAAUAAACCCGCUCCAUCUCCCCAUUUUCCCAUUGACUUGGAAUACCCUAGCACCCCUACUCAUUGAAUCGAAUCACUAAUUGAACCUUCAAAGCCACCAUGUUCGCCCGUCACUGCUCCCGACUCGUCGCCUCGCGGACCGCCCGGCCACUGUCCACCCACCUGCGAACAUACACCUCCGCGACCUCGGCCUACGAGCACAUCAUCACCUCGACUCCCAAGCCGGGCGUGGGAUUAAUCACCCUCAACCGGCCCAAAGCCCUAAACGCCCUCUCCAGCCCGCUCUUCCGCGAACUCAACGAUGCCCUGACCAAAUACGACGAAGACAAGGACAUUGGCGCCAUCAUCAUCACCGGCAGCGAGAAAGCCUUUGCAGCCGGCGCCGACAUCAAAGAAUUGGCCCCCCUAACCUUCUCCGCCGCCUACACCACCAACUUCAUUGCGCCGUGGUCGCACCUGGCCACGAGCAUCCGCAAGCCCGUGAUCGCCGCGGUCUCCGGCUACGCGCUCGGCGGCGGAUGCGAGCUCGCGCUGAUGUGCGACAUCCUCUACUGCACGGCGACAGCCACCUUCGGACAGCCCGAGAUCAAGCUGGGGGUGGUUCCGGGCGCGGGCGGGUCGCAGCGGCUCACGCGGGCCGUCGGGAAGAGCAAAGCCAUGGAGCUGAUCCUCACCGGCCGGAAUUUCAGCGGGAAGGAGGCCGGCCAGUGGGGGGUGGCGGCCCAGGUGGUUGAGGGCGGGCUGGAGGAGGUGUUGGCCGCAGCUGUGAAGACGGCGGAGACGAUCGCGGGGUACUCGCGCGUGGCGGUCGUGGCGGGCAAGGAGGUGGUCAAUAAGAGUCAGGAGUUGGCGCUGCGGGAGGGGGUCGAGUUUGAGCGGCGCGUGUUUCAUGGGUUGUUUGGGAGUCGGGAUCAGAAGAUUGGAAUGGAGGCCUUCGCGGGGAAGAAGAAGCCCGAGUGGUCGAACGAAUAGGCGGGAAUGGUUGGUAUAAUAGGUGGGUGCUUGGAGUCCCGAGGUGAGGCAGCAAGUUGCUGUGGAUAUGGUCCCUGUCCGUCAGUGGAGUAAUAGCAACAUCCCAAUUGAAAUCAUUAAUCGUGUCGUAUUUC